UUGCGGCGUUUAAGCAAUCGCAAUUAGUACAUGACGCUAAAGAGGCGGAGCGCAGCUAGGCGAGCUACGGCAACUGUUUCUCGUAAUCAGUAUAAAUCAAUCGGGCCAGGGUUUAUUAUCUAACAACCAUAUGGCAAUUGUCGAUGGCCGUUCGAGCUGGUUGGUUGGGCCAACAAAUUGGGACGUCGAGCGUAGAAUGCGCCUCCUAUCGCGACGGACGUUAGCGUUGCUGCUCCUGUUGCUCUGUGUGAUCCUAAUCGUUUUCCAGAAGCUUAAGAGUUCACCACUGCUGAAUCAGUAUGGCAUAUUGCGACAGUAUUUAGUUAGCAAUCCAGCGAAGCAGUCAGCGACGCGUAGCAUUCUGAUCUGGAGCAGCUUUUUUGGUGAUGAGCGCUGGAAGCUGCCGUUUGAUACGUUGGGACCACAGCAAUUUCGCGAUGAUCUCCAUUGUCCCGUCUAUCAGUGCGAGCUGAGCAAUCGCCAUGACUACCUGCCCAGCCUUGAGCUCUAUGACGCCAUCGUUUUUCAUAUGGCAGAGCCAUUCCCGCUGACAGCGGCGUUCCCGCUUCAUCGUAGCCCCCACCAGACGUAUGUAUUCGCAUUGUUGGAGCCACCAGGGGAGACGAAGCAUCGCCUAAGCGAUGAGCAGAAUUUUUACAAUCUGACGAUGAGCUAUCGCCUGGACUCGGACAUUGUGUGGCCCUAUGCCCAGCUGCUCGAUGCACAAACUGGCGCAGUUGUGGCGCCCAAUUCCCAUCCAUAUUGGCGUCAGCCGCCAGCUAUUGGCAGCUGGAAUGACAGCACUGUGCGGCGUUUGUGGCAGACAAAGAAGCGUAUGGCCGCCUGGUUCGUUUCGCACUGUCCGACGCUGUCGCAGCGAGAGAAGCUAGCUGCUGCACUGCAGCAUCACAUCGAACUGGACAUCUAUGGCAGCUGCGGCACACUCCAAUGCUCUCGUGGCGAUCCGCGCUGCGAUGAAAUGUUGGAUACGGAUUACAUGUUCUAUUUGGCCUUUGAGAACUCCCUAUGCGUGGACUAUGUCACGGAAAAGCUAUAUGGUGCUCUGCGGCGUCACAUUGUGCCCGUCGUGUUUGGCGGUGCCAACUAUACUCGCUUUCUGCCCCCCCAUUCCUACAUCGAUGCGGAACACUUUGAAAGCGUGGAGAAACUGGCGGAACAUAUGCGUUAUGUUGCCAGCAAUGUCGAGGAAUAUAUGAGCUACUUCUGGUGGCGUCAACACUACAAGCUGGCCGAUAGGUCGCCGUUCUGUGAGCUCUGUGAGCAGCUCCACAGUACCAGGUUGACGCACAAGACACAGUUCUAUGGUGACAUCCAGGAUUGGUGGUUCAACAGUUGUCGCCUCGUUCCUCACAUUCACUUCUGAGGAGAGCAGCAAUAGUCGCCGCAUGAGACUGAAAGGGAUGCACCCACUGCGGCUGCAACGGGUGCAAGUGAGUCGACAACAGGAAAGGAUAGCAAUAUACUGCAAGACUCUGAUUCGAUUUUAAUUAUACGGACGGAAUGUACUGGAUUUGGUACGCCCGUACAUUAAGUUGCUAGCUUAAUAAAUGUAGUUUUUAUUUACGUAUCACAUGAAA